ACAACAAUAACAAAAUUUUGAUCAACAAAUCAUUUCUUGUAUUUUUCAAACUUUAUUCUUAUUUCCUAGUGAAUCUAUGAAAGAAAUUAACGUCUUCAUAAUAAAUUAAGAUUAGCUUUUAUACUUAUUCAUAUUUUUUUAAACUUGAAAAUAAGUUUUUCAUAAGAAAAAUCAAAGGAAAAGUUAAAUUUGACAAAUCAACAAAUAUGUUUAACUUAGAAACUGCCAGAAGAAUACUCAUUGACAUUCUUAAACACGUAGCACUUCCAGAAAACAGUAAAAGGAUUUCUGAAGCGAAAUCAAACUCAGGACGUGAAAUGAUUAAAAUGAUGCAAUUUGUGUUUCCUAUUAUAAUGGAAUUGCAGAUGGAAGUGAUCAAAAACUAUGGCUUUUCAGGUCGUGAAGGUCUUGUGCAGUUUGAACAACUCAUAAGAGACAUGGAAGCCGAUGAAGAGAUUGCAAGACUCAGACAACAAAUCCGAAAUAUUUAUCUCCCUCCAAUGAAUUCUGCUUCAAGUCCAGAUUUAAUUUCGAUAAUUUAUAAAAUCAUGGAAAAUAUUCAAAACAUAAAAUGUGUCACAAUUGGAAGUAAAGCAGUUGGUAAAACAAGUCUUUUAAACACUUUCGCUGUUGGUCCGCAAUCAGCUGAUGAACCUUUUGAAAAUUUUAAUGGAAUUAAAAUAAAGUUGGAAGUUGAUGGUGAAAUCUUUCAAUUAGAAUUAUGGGACACAAAUUGCGAAAGUCACAACAAAAUGAUAAGAAAAGUUUAUUAUAACAAAUGCAAUGUGAUUAUUCUUUGCUUCUCAGUGAUGGAUCAUGAAUCUUUCAUGGAUGUCAAGAAAAAAUGGCAAAGUGAAGUCGAAUACUGUUGCCCAGCCGUGCCGUUGUUACUUGUUGGAACGAAAAGUGAUUUAAGACAUGAUCGAGUUAGUCUCUUAAGACUUGAUAGGAUAAAAAAUCAGAAACCUAUUACAAUAGAGAAUGCAAAGAAAAUGUCGCGUAAAAUAUCAGCUGCGUCUUAUCUUGAAUGUUCGGCUAUUAAUGGAAAUAUGACCUGUGAUGGAGUAGAUUGCUGGUGAACAUCUUUCAACUAGUAAAAGAAGAGAAGAAGCUUCAUUUAUAUUUCAUUGAUUUGAGCUUUUUAUUGAACAUCCAAUGUACAAUGAAAUCUGAUG